GUAAAGUCUUAGGUCUACGUACUCGCGGUGUGAUGUGCUUCACUCGGAUUUACACUAGCUAUCGAUUGUUUUCUUACACAGGAUCUCUGGGUAUUGAGUGGGGUUACCGGCUUCAGCUGUCUUUACAAUCUUUAUAUAACAGUCGAGUGUUUAUAUCCUGAACAAUCCGUCAGCCAGCUACAUAAAUGAAUAAUAUCAGCAGUUAAUGUAGAUUGGUAUGUAACACUAGAUUACAGAAUAUUGCAACUAACGUCAGUUACAUACCCACCACACUAUCGGAGGAUGUGUAAGCAAAAGUCUAAUAUUCUUUCCGGUGGUGGAAUAGCAUCAUGGAAACAGAAUUUGUCGUUAUUGAUAUUUUUACUAUUGUCAUUUUAUUCACCAGUCACAAGUCAAACUAAAGUGCUACAUAUUUACCCUAAAGACCCGACGUUCUAUGUUGGAAGUGAUGUCACAGUGAAAUGUAAAUUGACGAAUGCAACCCAUGAUCAACUCGUUGCAACUAAUUGGACUGACUGGACUGUUAGUAACGAACCACAACCUGGAGCUCGAGAGGGAUACAUUAUAACAUACGUCAAAAAAGGUUAUCAUCUCAUUGAAUGCCAGUAUAACAAUCUAAAGAGUAGGACAACACUUCGAGUUGUACCUCCAGGACCAUCAAAGGAAGUACAGUUUGAGUCAAUAGAGAAUCAAAGAAAUGAUAUCUUACUCAAAUGGGACGUUGUUCCUAAAGAGAGUCAAAAUGGUAAAAUGUUGGGCUACAAAAUAUAUGUCAACAAUGAAAGCUAUGCUAAAGUCGAUGUCAAUUAUACACAGUAUUUGCUCAAAGGAAUCGGUUAUGAAAGUUGGUACAACAUUUGCAUCACGGCCUUCAACAGCGCAGGUGAAAGUCCAUUUAACUGCCAAUCAGUGGAAUUGAUAUACACACCAACACCAACAUAUGAAGAUUCUCAACCUAACUUAGAAGUAAGACUUGUUGGUGGAGGUAACAACAACGAAGGGCGAGUGGAAGUAACCGUUAAUGGACGAUCAGGUACGGUGUGCGAUGAUGGCUGGGAUAUAAACGACGCUCAUGUUGUAUGCAAAGCACUAGGCCUAGGUAGAGCAAGAGAGGCCGUCUCGAAUGCCAGAUUUGGACAAGGGUCGGGCGAUAUUCUUCUGGACGAUGUUAGCUGCCGAGGUACAGAAUCAAGUCUUAAUGAUUGCGUGAACAAUGGAAUAGGAGUGCACAACUGUGACCACAGCCAAGACGCUGGUGUCAUCUGUGUACAACCUUCUCAGAAACACUUUUGGAACACCUUGAAGGACUCAGCUGUUUUAAUAAUCAUUGGAAUAGUAAUGGUAACUGUGGUAACUUUGUAUUGUGGAUAUUCGAAACUGAAAAACUUCAAAGUUUUUACAAAAUGGCCUGAACCUAAAUUCACUAAAAUUAAUUUCAAUGAAGUAAAUUUUCCGGUUCGUGAAAGUGAAGUAUUUGAUGAGUUGCGUGCUAGGCAGACUACGAUCACCAUAUCGCAAAGGGGAUGUAGUGCUGACUGUAGAAUAUUGCAGAACCAUCCAUAUCUUGGAACUGAGAAUACCACUGAAAACAGUGUACAUUUUCUUGAAGAUAAAGAUGGAUUAUUAGAUGGUACAGUGGUAUACAAUACUGCAAGAGAAAAGAAAUUGAACGUCCAGUCAGUUCAGAAUGAAAAUUUAAGAUCUGAAUCAAAUGUUAAUUGCAUUGGUAAAGUCAUGUAUAUUGACUCAUCAGUCUCUUCAAAUAUAACUAGAGAUAAAAAUGCCGUGUUAAUUAAGAACAAUGGUCAUUUUUUAAUGCCUCAAGGUCAAUACUCUGACCAGAAAGUUAUAACACCGUGUUCAGACUUGAGUACUGUGUGCCCAGACCGCCAAUAUAUAGCCCCUUGCUUAGAUCACGAGGGUAUAGUCCCACUCGCCGACAAUUUACCUAAAAUAUUAGACACUAAAGACACUGUUCCAAGCUUAGAACAUAGCAAUAUAGCUCCUAAUUUUGACAGCGCAUAUGUGGCUUUAUCCUCCAAUCAUAUUGGCUUGAAUUCUCCACUAAAACAAGAUUUACCGGUAGCUCUUGGCAAAGUUUGCGAUCCACUGUUUUCAUGUUCAAACUAAAAAUGCAUGGCUCCUCGCUGAGACACUAAUGUAUGUUCAUGUUCAGACUAUCUGUUGAUUACGCCCAAAUCUGCUAAAUUGCCAGUCACUUUUCCAUCAGAAAACAAUAAUAAUGAUUAUGUUACAAUGACUUCUCAUAAACUAAAUGCCUUUCAAUGAUACUGUGGGGAAAUGAGUUUUUUGAUUACUAUACCAUAAUAAGAAACUAUUUUUGUUUGUUUUCGUUUUGCGGUGAUGCGCCGGGCGUAGAUAUAUUUUACUGUGCGUAUCAUGUUAGAAGGCCUACGUAGCCGAACACGUUUUUCAGUCCCUUUCUUGCACGGGUCUGAACAGUGACAAGACGUGUGUAAUUGUCGUUGUAAACAAAGUACUGUUUUGGUGUUAUUGAAUUGUUCUGUUACGUUGAAUUUAUAAACAGUUUAGAUUUAGUUAGUUACAAUUAUAAAUAGUUAUCUGAAGAUAAAUUGGUAUCUUGUACUCAUGAGUUGCGGUUUUAUUUUGAAUUAUCUUUGGUAAUAACUAGGCCUAGGCUGAGAGCCGAUUAAUGUGCAUGCUCAAACCAGUUGUAGUGCUGUGCUACGACUAUUCAUUGUGAUGAGAUGACAUGUUAAAUUGUUUGACUAAGAAUCAUAACCACAUCAAUAUGUGUGUCCUAUUUAUCUCUAUAUAAUAAUGUUGGAAGAGUUCACAGUUAAACGUUAAUUAAAAUUGUUUAAUCAGUAUCUAGUUGAUCACGUUGAGCAGCGUGAGCUCGUUCGUGCGGUUAGUUAGGUAACUUUAUAUCACGUUGGUGGCGCUCUUAGGUAAACAAGAUGGCUGCGCCCAUGAUAUGUAAACAAAAAUGGCUGCGCCCAUGAGACAAACUAUUAUAGGGUUGCGUUUGUUAAUGAUUAAAUUAGAUUGAAUGUUUGUUAACUUGUUUAAUUGUGAUCGUUAAUAACUACUGGACUAUAUAAUAUCCAUUUAUAGAAAAUUGUAUUUGAUUUAACCACAGAGCUAUUAAACAAAUACGAGUGCUGACAAAAUGGCGAAGCAAUGCAGAGUUGUGUAUGUGUACCAUCCAAGAUGGCCGCCGUAGGAAAGCGCCACCUUCUGGCUUAUUAUACAUAUUAUUACCAUGAAUAAGCCCUCUG